UUAAAUCUGAAGUUAAAAUAUUACUUUUACUCUUUUAGAAUUAAAUGUUUCUAAAUAAUCUUCUUUAGGACUGUCAAUCCGAAGUACAUCGACAAACUCAGCUCCUACAUUCUUGUGGGGUGUGUUUGGGGAUCAAAUUUGGCCGGCUACUAAUGGUUUUAUAUAUUCACUUUUGCUGUGCUGUCAAUGCUGUGUCAACAGGCUAAUUUUUUUGGAAGCAAAUAUAAUAUACACCCGCACCAUGUAUGACAUAACAAGGCAUGCUUAUUGGAAUGUCAGAUUCCAACAUUAGUUUUUUUUCCUUCUCAUUUUGCUUAUUUUCAUUUCCACAUUUCUUUGAACAUCUGUUGGAUAUACAUAAGGCUAUUAAGCAUUGGCCUCACAAAUAAUUAUCCAUUUCCAUUUUGCUCCUGCAGGUUAUUCAUUCUCAAUCAAGGUUUUGGCUUUGUGAUUGUACUAAUCAGAGUUUGAAGUUGCGAGUGGCUAUUACCAUUACCAUACAUAACUUUAUAUGGUAUAAGAGACUGUCAGCUUGUUUUCUAUUAUGGGUUCUUUAGCGGGAAGCCUUCAAAGACCAUUCCUUGCAGCCUCUGCUGUUGCGGUAGCUUCUGUUUCUACUGAUCUUCAUGACAAAUUUAUGCCAUCAAAGUUAUCAGAUACUGAUUCUUCUUUGGAACAAUCAACUUCUACCUCACAACUGUCUAUUGAAACAAAUCCUUCAAGGGUAUCUCAAUUGUCUAUUUCCAAGCUGUCUGAUUUAUCUUUUGUAGCCAGGAUUAGGGUGCCUGUUCCUUAUGUAAGAUGCCCUGUUCCUGUUACGAGUCAGGGUUCUGUCUCAAACUCUCUAUUCUCUUCUGCCAUCUCUUCUCCUGUCCUUUUGAAUUUAUAUAGCUCUGCAGAGUUGGCCAGUGCUAAGCCAACUGCAUAUACACCUAUUCUCCCUGUACCGCCCUUAUCUGAAGACGUUUUGUAUAAAUGGCAUUUGCCCCAACGUAAUACCAUUGAUACAGCUGAUAAUUCUGAUUGUUCAUUGGCCAAGUCUAGGACAGUAGUAGUUUUGCUCGGAUGGUUAGGUGCAAAACAGAAACAUAUGAGGAAAUAUGCAGAAUAUUAUACUUCAAGAGGAUUUCAUGUAAUUACCUUUACCUUCCCCAUGUCUGAGAUUUUAAGCUAUCAGGCUGGCUGGAAAGCUGAAGAGCAUGUAGAUUUGCUAGUCAAUCAUCUUUCUGAUUGGCUGGAAGAAGAGCAUGGAAACAAUCUUGUGUUUCACACUUUCAGUAACACAGGGUGGUUAACAUAUGGAGCUAUUUUGGAAAAAUUUCAGCAGGAGGAUGAUGGCUUAAUAGAGAGAAUUAAAGGAUGUAUUGUUGAUUCAGCUCCUGUAGCAGCCCCUGAUCCACAGGUAUGGGCUGCAGGAUUCUCUGCUGCUAUUUUGAAAAAGCAAAGUGUUGCAACAAAACAAGACACUGAAGCAAAUAGAAGAAAUCUUGAAGUUUCAGGUAAUAACAAUGUGUCUGAGGAAGUCAAGCCGGCAUUUAUGGAAGCAGCUUUGCAAGUCGUAUUAGAGAGAGUUUUUGAGGUGGUUUUGAAACUUCCUGCCGUGGAUGGGAGGCUGUCUUCUUUAAUGGGUCAAUUGAAGUCCAGACAACCAAGCUGCCCGCAGUUAUACAUCUACAGCUCUGCGGACAAAGUCAUUCCUGCCGAAUAUGUCGAGUCUUUCAUAACCGAGCAGCAAAGGAUAGGACAUCAAGUCCGGUCUUGCAACUUCAUAUCCACGCCACAUGUUGAUCAUCUUCGAAAUGAUCCAGAGCUGUACACAUCUCAACUCACCCAAUUUUUGGAGGAUUGCAUGCUCUGUUGCAAACAAGAUCCCAACCCCUAAGCUAUUAUAGAUUUUUUUAAAAAAAUUAUUAUUUAGAGGUUUUGCAUUCUAAAGCCAAAACCAUAGUUUAACACCUCCUUUUUCUUUCCUUCUCACUCAUCAUUAACAGUUACAAUACUGUCCUUUGCAAGAUAAAGAUAUACAAAUACAUGACCAAAUGGUCUUUUACUCAA